UUUUCAAAUUGAGGAAUUCAUUUCAGACUGAAUUUGCUGUGAUGAACUCUAUAUAUAUACAUAUAUAUAUAUAUAUAUGUUUUAGAUCUCCACCAUGGUACUAAGUUAUGAGUCAACUAGUUGAAAUGCAUGUAUGUACGUACGUACGCAUACGGCUAAAUAGGAAAUCUAUAUGAAACUUUUCGUUUCCAAAAACUUGUCAUCAUGAGAAAACCAAAAUUAUUUUCCUUUUUGCCGACAUUAUUCAAAGGCCACUCCUCAACAUAAACGUUUUUCAAGAUUCCCAGAUUCUAAUUAUCACAGGUGGUAGAAUGCUGGUUUUCGCCUUCCCGGUGCUCUUCGUUGCUGCUUUGAGCUGUUUAUACCUUCAUCUUGUGACCAAAUUGUCUGAUCACAACGAUCGUAACACGAAUCGGAAAAAUUUGAAGCCUCGUCUGGCAUGGCGAAAACGGCCAGUUCUCGUAAAGGGCCCUCUUGGAGUUGUAUCCUUGACAGAGCUCUUAUUUUUAACCAUGUUCAUGGGGUUACUGAGCUGGUCUCUGUAUUCGUACUUGACAAGUAUGUUUACAGAUAUAAGCCGAGAAGCAGGAGAUAAUCAUCAGCAAGUGUGGAAGAGUAAGUUGGAAAUGUCAGGUCUAGCAGUGGGUCUGGUUGGGAAUAUCUGCUUAGCCUUUCUCUUCUAUCCAGUUACCAGAAGCUCUUCAGUUUUGCAGCUGUUUGGCCUCACCUCAGAAUCCAGCAUUAGGUAUCAUAUCUGGGCUGCUCAUCUUGCUCUUACUUUCUUCACUGCACAUGGCUUAUGUUACAUUCUCUUCUGGGCAUCAUCAGAUCAAAUUUCACUGAUUCUAAAGUGGAGUAAGAUCGGUUUUUCAAAUUUGGCUGGAGGAGUAGCUUUACUGUCUGGGUUAGCCAUGUGGGUGACAAGCAUUCCGAGUAUUCGAAGAAAAAUAUUUGAGCUCUUCUUCUACACUCAUCAUCUUUACAUUUUAUUCGUCGUCUUCUAUGUUUUUCAUGUCGGGUUCUCCUCCACUUGCCUCAUUCUUCCUGGAUUUUACCUCUUUUUGAUCGACCGCUACUUGAGAUUCUUACAGUCCCAGCAAAGGGUUAGAUUGCUUUCUGCAAGAAUUUUGCCCGGUGAAACUGUGGAAUUGAAUUUCUUGAAAAGCCAAGAGUUGAAUUAUAACCCAACAAGCAUUAUGUUUGUAAAUGUGCCUGGAAUUUCCAAGCUUCAAUGGCAUCCUUUUUCAAUUACUUCAAGCUGCGAGAUGGAUCAUCAGAAGCUAAGCAUUGUCAUUAAAAGUGAAGGGAGAUGGUCUAGUGAGUUGUAUAAGAAGCUUUCAUCAUCUUCCUCCAUCUCCAUGGACCGCCUUGAGGUCUCCAUUGAAGGACCUUAUGGACCUGUUUCAACUCAUUUUCACAGGCGUGAUAUGCUCAUAAUGAUCAGCGGGGGAAGUGGGAUUACUCCUUUCAUCUCCAUCAUUCGUGAUCUUCUCUUCCGGGCCAAUGAGUCUCUCGAUACUCCACGAGUUCUUCUCAUAUCCGUAUUCAGAAAAUCUCUAGAUGUCACCAUGCUAGACCUCCUCCUACCAGUUUCAGGCACAUCAAUUGACAUUCACAGUUUAAAACUCCAAGUACAAGCCUAUGUAACAAAAGAACAAGGACCCAGCCCUGACCAGAACCUCAUACAGACAAAAUGGUUCAAACUAGACCCAUUGGAUGCGCCAGUUUCAGCCAUUUUAGGCCCAAGCAGUUGGCUCUGGCUAGGUGCCAUAAUCACAUCAUCAUUCAUAAUAUUUCUUAUUGUUAUAGGCAUUGUAACAAGAUAUCAUAUAUACCCAAUUGACCAUAACUCAGAUAUGAUAUACCCCAGUGCUCCAAGAGCGGCUGUCAACAUGAUUUUCACAUGUAUAUCUAUAGCCAUAGCUGCAACCGCAGCUUUUGUUUGGAACAAGAAAAACAAGGACUCCAAGGAAAUGAGACAGAUCCAGAACAGAGAUUCGCCAGCAGAGGCGAGAACAAUGUCGGACUCAUCAUGGAUAUACAGUGAUGAAAGAGAGCUGGAGAGUCUUCCCCAUCAUUCUUUUCUUCAAUUCACUGAGGUGCAUUAUGGUGAAAGGCCUGAUCUGAAGAAGAUAUUAUCAGAGAACUGUAAAGGAACAAGUGUUGGAGUUUUGGUAAGUGGACCGAAGAAGAUGAAGCAAGAAGUGGCAGCAAUCUGCUCCUCUGGUUUUGCAGAGAAUCUGCAUUUUAAAUCCAUGAGUUUCAAUUGGUGAUUUGAAGAAUAUUAGUUCUUGUUCUACUUUAAUUAACAAACCAUAUAGACGAUCACAUAACCAUUUCUUAGGUUCAAAAUCUCUGUUCUAAGCACGUUUUUUUAUGUGAAAAUGAAAAAUCAACGGAAAAUUCUCGAGGCCUGAAAAGAUUGCAGAAGAGUUUCAGCGUAAAAUUACUUUGAAGAUCAUAUCCAGGAAUCUUGACAAUCAAAAACACUCUGAAACUCUCAUGGGUGUUAUUAUGGUCCUCCAACAAGAGCGUAAUGUAUUAAUUUUCGUACAAUUUUAUAGUGAUUCAUUCACCCAUUUUAAA